CCGGAACUUUCCGCUCCGCGUCCCGUCCCCUCCUCUCCCCAUGCCCGGUCCCCCUUUCCGGCCCGCGCCGACCCGCUGCAGCCGUUGUGCUGCCCUUCACUUCCGCCGGGCGUUGCUGAACGCGCUGCCCGCGCUCGCGGGCCCCUGAGUUUAGUCUUUGGAUCUUCUUGGCUGAGUGAAACCAUAUCUCUUAGUUGGUCAUGCUUUACCGGCUGCUGUCAAUUGUCCAGAGACAAAGAACUGGCCCAGGAUGGCAGACGUGGUCAUCAGGAAGAAGCAUCACGUCAGCUGCCGAGGCACAGUCCAUUGCCCUGCCUGCCCAGGCUCAGGUGGUUAUCUGUGGGGGCGGCAUCAUGGGUACAUCCGUGGCCUAUCACCUCUCCAAAAUGGGAUGGCAGGAUAUUAUCCUUCUGGAGCAGGGCAGGCUGGCUGCUGGCUCCACAAGGUUCUGUGCUGGCAUCCUAAGCACUGCUAGACAUUCUAGCAUUGAACAGAAGAUGGCAGACUAUUCAAACAAACUCUACCAUCAGUUAGAGCAAGAAACAGGGAUCCAAACAGGGUACUUAAGGACAGGCUCAAUCUGUCUGGCCCAAACUCAGGAUCGGUUGAUCUCUCUGAAGCGUAUCAACUCAAGGCUGAAUAUUGUAGGUAUCCCUUCUGAGAUCAUCUCUCCGAAGAAAGUGGCUGAACUUCACCCUCUCCUCAAUGUGCAUGAUCUGGUGGGGGCCAUGCAUGUUCCUGAGGAUGCAGUUGUAUCCUCUGCUGAUGUGGCUCUUGCCCUGGCAAGUGCUGCCUCCCAGAAUGGUGUUCAGAUUUAUGACCGGACGAGUGUUCUUCAUGUAUUGAUCAAGAAAGGUCAAGUUACUGGUGUGGAGACAGAUAAAGGACAGAUUGAAUGCCAGUAUUUUGUCAACUGUGCUGGUCAGUGGGCAUACGAGCUGGGUCUGUCCACCGAGGAGCCGGUUAGUAUCCCGCUACAUGCCUGUGAACACUUCUACCUUCUGACUCGUCCCUGGGACACCCCUCUGCAGAGCAACACACCAACUAUUGUGGAUGCUGAUGGAAGAAUUUACAUCAGGAACUGGCAAGGUGGCAUCUUGUCUGGAGGCUUUGAGAAAAACCCAAAACCUAUUUUCACCGAGGGCAAGAACCAGUUGGAAAUUCAGAACCUGAGGGAAGAUUGGGAUCACUUUGAGCCCCUGUUGAGUUCCCUCCUGCGUAGGAUGCCAGUAUUGGAGACUCUGGAGAUUUUGAAGUUGGUGAAUUGCCCUGAGACCUUCACACCAGACAUGAAGUGCAUCAUGGGCGAGUCUCCUGUAGUACAGGGCUACUUUGUCCUGGCAGGGAUGAACUCUGCUGGCCUGUCGUUGGGUGGAGGAGCUGGAAAGUUCCUUGCUGAAUGGAUGGUAUAUGGUUAUCCCUCUGAAAAUGUCUGGGAAUUGGAUUUGCAGCGCUUUGGAGCCCUCCAGAGCAGCCGCACCUUUCUGCGCCACCGGGUCAUGGAAGUCAUGCCUCUGAUGUAUGAUCUGAAGGUUCCCCGUUGGGACUUCCAGACUGGGAGGCAGUUACGUACAUCUCCUCUUUAUGACCGGCUGGAUGCUCAAGGAGCCAGAUGGAUGGAGAAACAUGGAUUUGAGAGGCCAAAGUUCUUUGUUCCACCCAAUAAUGACCUUCUUGCAUUGGAACAGAGCAAGACUUUCUACAAGCCAGACUGGUUUGAUAUUGUGGAGUCAGAAGUCAAGUGCUGUAAGGAGGCUGUGUGUGUCAUUGACAUGUCUUCUUUCACAAAGUUUGAAAUAACUUCCACUGGGGAUCAGGCAUUAGAAAGUCUGCAAUAUGUUUUCUCCAAUGACCUGGAUGUGCCUGUAGGCCACAUUGUGCAUACGGGCAUGCUCAACGAAUAUGGAGGGUAUGAAAACGACUGCAGCAUUGCACGCCUGAACAAACGCAGUUUCUUCAUGAUCUCUCCAACUGACCAGCAGGUCCACUGUUGGGCCUGGCUUAACAAAUACAUGCCGAAAGAUAGCAACUUGUUACUGGAGGAUGUCACCUGGAAAUAUACAGCCCUCAAUCUGAUUGGCCCUCGGGCUGUGGAUGUGCUGUCUGAGUUGUCCUAUGCCCCUAUGACUCCAGACCACUUUCCAACUCUGUUUUGCAAGGAGAUGAGUGUGGGCUAUGCAAAUGGGAUCCGUGUGAUGAGUAUGACUCACACAGGAGAGCCAGGAUUCAUGCUGUACAUUCCCAUAGAGUAUGCUCUGCAUGUCUACAAUGAGGUGAUGAGCGUUGGACAGAAGUAUGGAAUCCGGAAUGCUGGGUAUUAUGCUCUUCGAAGUCUCCGAAUUGAGAAGUUUUUUGCCUUCUGGGGGCAAGACUUAAACACCCUCACCACUCCCCUGGAAUGUGGAGGAGAGUCUCGAGUGAAGUUAGAGAAGGGCAUAGAUUUCAUUGGUCGAGAUGCCCUGCUGCAGCAGAAGCAGAAUGGGGUAUAUAAGCGCCUUGCUAUGUUCAUCCUGGAUGACCACGACACAGACCUCGACCUGUGGCCUUGGUGGGGAGAACCCAUUUACCGGAAUGGGAAGUAUGCUGGCAAGACCACCAGUAGUGCCUAUAGCUACACUCUCGAGCGCCACGUAUGCCUGGGUUUUGUACACAAUUUCUCUGAGGACAGUGGGGAAGAGCAGGUGGUGACAGCGGAUUUCAUCAACCGCGGAGAAUACGAAAUUGACAUUGCAGGCCAUCGGUUUCAGGCCAAGGCCAAGCUGUACCCUGUCACCUCCUUUUUCACUCACAAGCGUAGAAAGGAUGAUGUGGAGCUGAGUGACUUUCAUGGGAAGUAAUGCCAAGACCUUCUCCCUUCUCCCAUUCUCUCACCAUGAGGAGCGUUGUUCUGGGAGCUUCUCCCUCUGUCCCUGUCUCCUUACGGAAGGUUCCUUUGCCCUUCUCUUAACUUCUCAAUUUGACCUACUUUAAACUUUUUCCUUGAAAGCCUUUUUGUCCUCCCAUUUUCUUUUCAUUUGCUGUUACCUCCUAACAAUCCAGGUUCUUCUCAUCCCGCCAGCAGGCCCACAUUCCCACAGUGGAAGGCAGGAGCCACUUGUGGAGUUAAGGUGACAAACGGAUUUUAAAAUCAUCUUGAGGCAGUCGGUAUUAUUUAAGUCUUAGGGCAAAAGUCCAGUUCCCUUGGGCUGCGAUUCUUAGAGUAAUCUAAUUUUGGUAGAUGACUGUGUGUCUCAUGUAGCCCUGGGAUACAGUAGCUUGUAUCUUAAGCAGGCAGAUGAUUCUGUUCCACUGUGCUGUAGGUUCCACCUGAUACCUCUUAACCAUCUACCUCACCAAUGAGAGGGAUUACAUGGACACUGUCUGCUCUGUGGAAGGGACAAGUACUUAACCUGGCCUCUCCAGGCCUCCAACUCUGUUCUUAGAUGUUUGGGCCAGGGCAACCUGCCUGCAGUUUUCUUUAUUUUCUGCUAUUUUGUAUAAUGAGGUUGUCUUUUAGCUGAGUAAACGAGUAUGCCAGUAUUUGAAAGGGGUAGGGAAUCCGUGUUGCCUUGUGUGUUGCUUUUCCCAGCGGGAGCAGUGUAAACUCAGAUAUUGAGUUCCUACUAUUAGAAGAGUGUUGAUUUUCUUUCAGUUACCCAUAGGUCAGCUAGCUGUCCCUUCUUGAUUUUCUUCAGAUGGCUUCUAGCCUCACCUGUGCCUUGUGUAGCCUGCCUAUGACCUCAACAUUCAUUCCUACCCCUUUAGAAGAGGGAGAGAGGAUUAGGUGGGUAGUCUUGGGUGAGUAAGUAAACCAUGCUGUUCAUACUGCAUUCCGAGAGCUACCAGAGCCUCAAGCUUUACAUCCCUGGCAUGAACAAAGCCACACAUACAGAGGGCCAUUGAGAGCUGUGAGUACAGUGCAGGCCAGAGACUGCUUUCCAUCUUUUCUUUCCAGGCUCCCCACUCUAACCCCGCCCCGCAACAGAACCUUUGGAAUGGAAAGGGACUGCGGUGCCCACCAAAUGCACUACCUGUUCCAGGGUACUGCUGUUUUCUUUUUGAGAUACGGAUUCUCACUGGAGCUCAGGCUGGCCGCAGUCUCCUGAGUACUAGGAUUUCAGGUGUGGUGACAGUGUUUUUUUUAAAGGUGAAACUUGGAUGUGACAGGCUGUGCUGUAGAACACCAACACUUCAUCUUCUCUUGUACACAGACUGCCCAGUCUGGAUUUGAGAACCUUGCAUUCAACUGCAGUUCUCAGUAACUUGGGCGCAUUGGUUCUGCUAAAUUUACAUUAAUAGAAACUUUGAUUUCAGUAGUGCAGCUCAAAAUUCUCAAGUGUCUCUUUGGCACUUCUGUAGAACCCAUUAUCCACUCAGACUGGUUCUUUUCCCACAUUUCUUGCUAUUUUCUCCAGGUAGGCCACUCGUACUUGGCUUCUGAGACGAUUUUCAUUGACUUAUUAAAGGGCACACAAUUAGAAGUUGAUGUGAGGGGAAAUUGCUACUUUGGAGGGAGUGUGUGUUUAGUGAGAUGAGAACCACUGUCUCCAGGCAAAGGGAAGAAAGGAAUAAUACUCCAGUAGAAAGCUGAGCAAGGGGCUGGAGAGAUGGCUCAGAGGUUAAGAGCACUGGCUGCUCUUCCAGAGGUCCUGAGUUCAGUUCCCAGCACCCACAUGGUGACUCACAACCAUCUGUAACGAGAUCUGGUGCCCUCUUCUGUGUACAUAAUAAAUAAAUCUUAAAAAAAAAAAAAGAAAAAAGAAAAAAAGAAAGCCGAGCAAGGCAACAGCAGCAGUGAGCUGUUGAGAUCCAGAGCAGGCCCUUGGCCAACCCAUGAAGACGGAAGUAGAGAUGCACAGCUCCAGGUAUUUGUGCUCUUUGAAAUAUGGUGGUAACUUUCUGCAGUCUGGGAGUGAAGUUUACUUGGAAUUGAUUACAAAGGAAGUUUUUGACCUAUGCAUCGAUAGUAAAACUUUGGCAGCAAACUUGUUCUUUAACUGUUGAAAGUGUUACCACUUAAGUUCCAAAUGGGGGGGGACGACACCCUUCCAAAGCAGUAAUAGUUUAAACUCAUAUUAUUCAAGGAUUUCAGCAUAGACUAAUUGCUGUCUGCACUGUUAAUCUCUAGCUAUUUAAUUAACUGUCCCUUCUGAGUAGGAGGGCAAGUGCAAGUCUUCAGCUCGAAGUCCUAGCUGUGGCUGCUGUGAGCCUUUGAGCUGACAGACCGUGCUUGUCUCACAGGAAGGCAUGAGAGGGAGAGGAGUGGAGCAUUUUGAAUGCCUGACCAGGGUCAUGGUCCUGUUCCUUCAACUGUGCCACUUCUUUACUGUGUACCCCAAAACAAACUUACAUUUGGUACUAACUGCUUCCUUAGAGUUUCUCUUGGUCCAUGCAAACAUAAACAAUGCAAACCUGCCCCCCCCCCAUUUUGCCCUGAUAGAAGUGCUGUAAGUAGACUGUUCUCCUCCACUAACCCUGCAGCUUUUCCGAGGCUUGGUGUCAUAAACACCUCAGACAGUCGAGGGGAUCUGAACCCCUGGCCUACUAGUGUUGGGGGAGCUUUCUAGGCUCUCAGGAGUAAAUGCAGGUUGUUAACAGAAAUGCUAGGUCUAGAGCAGUGGCUCUUAACCUGUGGGUUGCAACCCCUUUGGGAUCAAAUGAACCUAUCACAGAGGUUGCCUAAGAUCAUCGGAAAACACAGAUUUACAUUAUGAUUCACAACUAACAAAAUUACAUUUAUGAAUUGGCAAUGAAAAUAAUUUUAUGGUUGGGGGUCACCACGACAUGAGGGAAGGGUCGAAGCAUUAGGAAGGUUGAGAACCACUCGUCUAGAGGCAUGAUUGAAAAUCCAGGAAGAGGGCUGGAGAGACGGCUCAGAGGUUAAGAGCACUGGCUGCUUGUCCGAGGUUCUGAAUUCAAUUCCCAGCAACCACAUGGUGGCUCACAACCAUCUGUAAUGAGAUCUGGUGCCCUCUUCUGGCCUGCAGGGAUACAUGGGGGAAGAACACUAUAUACAUAAUAAAUAUAUCUUUAAAAGAAAAGAAAAUCCAGGAAGAAUAAUCGGUGUGCGUCCUCACUUGUGUGACAUUUCCAACUCUUGGACAGUGAGACUACCUUGUAUGACAGGACGCUCGGGAGCUGGUUAGUGUUAAGGGAUUGUAAACACUGCAGCUUUAGGUGACAGAUUCUCUAGAAUAAUCUCUUGUCACAUCUACUUUCCAGAGAUGUUCUCUUCCUUGAUUAUAGUAGCAAUUAAAUCUCUUUGAACAAGGUCACAAAGUAUAUUGGAGACCUAAGGUUGGGAGUUUUCUGUGAGCCUUCUUGAAGUCAGAAAGCUUUCUUUCCUCUUAGCUGUUCAUUACACGUGCAGAGCCUGCUGCUCAGUACUGCCGUAGUCAUUGGAAUAGACCAGGCUGUGACAGUUCCCUCCCACGACACAGGCACUGAACUUACAAAAGGACAAGCAGGAACGGUUUCGUUAGUCCUAAUUGUGAGCACACCUCACUGAAAUUUUAGUUCUUCCAUGGGUCCCAGGGCCUCCUUAGUCCCAGGACACAGGAUCAUUUAACACAGCCUGGUCUCCAAGAGCCCGUUCAUGCAGCAGUGGGGUGCAGCCCCUUCAACAUGGCUUGUCUCCUCUACACCAGAUGAAUUCUAGACUGCUGGGCCCAACUAACUAGAGAGGAAAUCCAAUUUACAGAUAGUGGGUGGCAGGACGGAUUACAAGUAGCAGGACUGCUAAAGGUUUGCUUUGUUUUGCUGAAGACUCUCGGCUUUGAUUUUCUAGUUGAUUAGCUCCUAGCUUCUGAACACAUUUGCUAGCAUCUGAAAAGAUCGUCACCACCCUGGGGAGAAUGUUAUGCCUUACAGUGUUGUACUAGCCUUGGGAGACUGUCAGGAAGAGCAGUUGCAGCAUCCUGUUUGCAGGCUGAACGACAAGUUUCAUUCUUAUAUCUCUUGUUGGCCAAAGGUAACAGAUUUAUAAUAUUUAGGACAAUGAAAAAUGACUGGUCAUUUUUCAUUUUCUGCAUCCCAACACCCCCACCUCACAAAUGUUGAUAGGUAAGUAGCAUCGUAUUAACACAACACAGGUACAUUUUCUUGUGGCUGAAGAAUGUUCGUCUUGUACUGAUAUCUGUAGGCACAUAGAUUGAGGAGAAGCGAGUGCGCAGGGAAGCGUGUCUGAGCUGUAGCUACGCCCCGUGUUCCUGUCAGAAAUGCUGAGGGAGCUGUGGGUCGGUUUGGGAGCACCUCUCCUCUGCCUCCAUUUCUUUUGGUCUCCAAGGUGCUGAUCUGUAAGCCCCCAUUUUCUGGUCGAUAUGGGGCUUUCUCCUGCAGUUCCUCAACAGUACCAGCACACUGUUCAGCACAAAGAUUGAGUGUUCGCACAUCUCUCCUUCUCUUAGUGUGUUAAACAUCAGCAUUUUCUCUGUAGAAGACUCUUGCCUCUCUAAGCAGUUGUCUACAUCUGAAUGAUUAUACAUUUUGCUCAUAUUUUGAUUCACCUGUUUUUAAUCUUUGCAAACAUCUACCUCCUUGCCUUCUUGUCUGUGAAGGACAGAUUACAAGAGGAGGGGGAGUUAUCUUACCAUGUUUCAAAAGAUCCAUGCCAGGAUUUCCUUUGCACACCAAGAACUGAAGCUUGGAGUACUUCUCAGCCUAGUUCUAGUGCCUUACCCUCCAGAUGUCCAGUAGUGGACUGUGGUAGGAAGAAAGCAGAGUGUUCAGUCUGGGUUCUCAUCACCCCACAUCAACCCUCCUUCCUCAGAAUAAUUUGGGUGUGGGGUAAAAAGUUCAGCUCAUUUCACUGAAAGCUUUUCUAGUUCAUACUUAACUCUCUGGUCAAUGCUUAAGCUAUAUAAAACACCACUGUAAUUUCUAUGCAGUUCUGUAAAUUUUCAUUUAGUGUGGUUCUGCUCAGCGCUCUUCUGUUCCCGUGUAGUGUCAGCAUGUGGUCCUGAAGACAUUCUAGAUACUGGAGUAAAUAAGAAAUUUUCUCAAGAGCAAACUCAGCUGACUUUGGACACAUAGGAUAACUAUUUAAUGGCCAGAAUUAUUUCUGGAUGGCUAGAUUUCAACUGAGAUUUUCUUUUCAUGUAUUAGGUAUAUAAAUGAAUAAAAAGAUGUUUUCAUUAACUAUU